CAACAAGCUUCUGUGACUACGUCAGUUAAGUGCUUUUUAACAGGAGAGGUAUAAUAGGUCUAUAAUAAUCUAAAUUUACAGCGAGGAAAAAAAAUGCAGCGAAAACGUAAAUUUUAUGAUAACGAUACUUACAAAGAAAAACAAGAAGAUGAAGAUAAAUUGAAACGCGCAGUUAAGGAUGGAGACGAAACAGCUGUGCGAAGACUAGUGAAGGGAGGUGUUCUUGCUAUUCGGCAGCAAAAACUCUGGUUUGGUGGAACUAUUUUACAUGAUGCAGUAGCUGGUGGUAAAUUGCCUAUUAUAAAAUUACUCCUACAAGCAAAAGCUGAUGUGAAUGCUAAAACUAAAGAUAACAGAACAUGUUUACAUGUAGCAUCAAGAAUGGGCCAUACUGGGAAUACAGAUAUUGUAAAAGAAUUGCUCAAUUAUGGAGCAAAAGUUAAUGUACAGACUUUGGAUCGAAGAACAGCCUUACAUUUUGCUACAUGGCGAGGCAACACAGAUAUUGUUCAGCAGUUAGUCAAUAAUGGAGCCAAUGUUAACUUACAAGAUGAGGAUCUCUGGUCACCUCUGUAUUGGGCAGCUAAAUUAAAUUACAUACAGAUUGCCAAGAUAUUGGUUGAAAAUGGAGCAAACUUGAACUGUGUCAAUGCAAUGGAACAAUGCCCACUUCAUGAGGUUCUGAAGAAUGGUCAUGCUGAGCUGGCAAAGUAUCUGAUAUCUGAAGGUGCAAUGGUUACUGGGAAAAUCAAGGGAGUUUUCCAAUGUAUGAUAGAUAACAAAGAUAUAAAAACCGAAGACAGAAUUUCUCUUUGUGAUAUUUUCAUAGACGCUGGAUAUCCCAUCCAUAGCAAUUCAAGUUUACCUCAAAUUCUCUCAAGGAAACCAAAUAUGGACCAAAACUUUGUCAAACAUGUUCAAACACGACAGCUUGAGCUUUUGACUUUAAAAUCUAUGUGUAGAAUAUGUGUGAGGAAUGAACUGAUCAAAAAGACAAAUGGAUGUUCUAUUAGAGGGAAGCUUUCACAACUACCAUUACCAAAACUGUUACAGAAUUAUAUAAUUUUGUGACCUUGAAUUUGUAAUUAUAAGGCUUUUUUCAUGAAAAUUUUUAUGUAGAUGAUGUUUUUAUUUUCAGGUUUUUAACAUGUAAAAAUAUCAUCACAAGUCACAAUAUAAAGCCUUUUCAGUUAGUAAUCAGAGUGAUAAACUAAAAAGGUUUAUAUUGUGAGAAAAGGGCUGAUUAAAAAAGUUUAUAUUGUGUCAAAGGGCUGAUUAAAAAGGUUUAUAUUGUGUCAAAGGUCUGAUAUUUUACAUUAUUGUUUUGCUGAGAAUUGAUGAUCUCAGUGAUUUGCCUUCAUUUAAUUGUUACUUGAUUCAAAACAUACAUUCAGAACAUUCAGAAUUUUACAUGUGCACCUAUUGAUUUUAUUAUUUACUGACAUAACUAAUGAAUUCUGAACAUGUGGUCAUAGAAUAUUGCAAGCAUAUAUGGAAAUGCCAGUUAUAAUUACUGCAAAUUUCAUCAUGUUGUAUUUUUGCAUGAAUUUUUUUCAA